AACAGCAAUGAAAAAAGAUUCACAUUGUUGGUGUACUUUUCCGGUGUUGUGGUACUAUUAUUAUCUACUACUCACUGUACCCAAGCAUUAUUUGCACCUCCUGCUUUUUAAAAUUUUAUGUGAAGAGCUUUUUUAUUUUAUUCAUUUAUUUUUUGAUGGCCCAUCCAAAGACACUGUCCAUUUACCUAAACGCUGUGACUUGAGAAGAUAAGUCGAGUAGUUUAUGGUUAGAAUGUAAGUUUUAAUUCAGGCUGGUAGUUUUGCAAUAAAUGUUUUAUUUAGUACUGAACUGUGAUUGAGUUUCUCUUAAUAAGAAAAUUAUUCAAAAUUCUGCUGAAAACUGAGUUUUUACUUUGCGAGCAUUAUUUUUAAAGUUUUGUCGUUUAGAUGCAUUCGAAUCUACGUGUAAUAGAAUAAAUCACAUACACCCAAAUAAACGCGCAAGACAAUAUUUUGCUUAAAUUGUGUGUGAUUUCUCUUCUCACUACAUUUCCCUGGCUCCGAGCCUCAGGAUCAGGCUUCUAAUGCUCUUACAAGUCAGACGGAAGAGCUGUGGCAACUGAAGCGUGUCUUGUUUGUAUUUUUAUCCUCACGUGAAAGAUCAAAGCUAAACCGCCACAGUAGUUGAUAUAAAUAAGUCAAAGGCUCCGAGUCACGUGUCUGUCACGUGGCACAGCUGUCCCUUGUUCGGGUAGGGCCCUGCCAGGGUGCAGUAGCUCAGGCUGCGGGAAGAGACCCUCCGAGACAAGCAGCCUUCUUUGGAAUCCCCGAGGCUGCUUGCAAAGGCAGGCAGGCUGAUGCGAUGACGUUCUCUGGUGGAGCGGCUCCCCUGCAGGCUGAUGAGAGGAGUCCCUUCUCCUCCUCUUUCUCCUCUCACAUGCACACAGACAAUUGGGAAUAAACGAGAAGGACAGUGAGCGCAGAAAAGAGACGAGUUUGGAGAACAACUCGAUCAACUGGAAGACUGUUUCAUGGAACUGCCUGUUUUUCAGUUUACAGGAUAAACCUGGAUUUCUGAAUAAUUGUUCACCCCGCUUUCCUUUGUUGCCUUGUCACAGUCGAGGUAGCUCACUGAUCAAAUCCAUCACAAUGACAUGAGUGCCUUUUGUUUUUGCAGCCGCUUGAUUUUAUUAAUCCAACAAGAUUUUUGACCCCUUUUUGUGCUUUUAGGGAAGUCUUGAUUAAUCAUCUUUUAUCACUAUUGCAGGUCAGUGAUAGUCUAGGGAAAGCAUUAGUACUAUGCAUCUUUGUUGCUGUCUCACAUCCAGCACAGAACCGUUAACCUCAGCGGAGGAGAGGAGCUCAUAACAAUACCCACGCCCUGACAAAAAGCCUCCCUCUGGGUAGUUUUCCUCUUUCAUCUGAGAGGUGUAGACAGCUGCAGGGAUGUUUGCUGCUGUGGAGCAUGGCCCGGUGCUUUGUAGCGACUCCAACAUCCUGUGCCUGUCCUGGAAGGGUCGGGUACCGAAGAGUGAAAAGGAGAAACCGGUGUGCAGAAAGCGCUACUACGAGGAGGGCUGGCUCGCUACAGGGAACAGCCGAGGAGUUGUCGGAGUCACUUUCACGUCCAGCCACUGCAGACGGGACCGGCCAACCCCACAGAGAGUAAACUUCAACCUCAGAGGACACAACAGUGAGGUGGUGUUGGUGCGGUGGAACGAACCUUUCCAGAAACUGGCCACUUGUGAUACAGAUGGAGGGAUUUUUGUUUGGAUUCAGUAUGAGGGCCGCUGGUCUGUGGAGCUGGUUAACGACCGUGGAGCACAGGUCAGUGACUUCACAUGGUCACAUGACGGCACCCAGGCUCUCAUCUCAUAUCGUGAUGGCUUUGUCCUGGUGGGAUCUGUCAGUGGACAGAGACACUGGUCUUCUGAGAUCAACCUGGAAAGCCAGAUCUCUUGUGGGAUCUGGACCCCUGACGACCAGCAGGUGCUGUUUGGUACUGCAGACGGACAGGUCAUAGUGAUGGACUGCCAUGGGCGGAUGCUGGCCCACAUACUGCUGCACGAGUCUGACGGUAUCGUCAGCAUGUCCUGGAACUACCCCAGCUUCCUGGUGGAGGACAGCAGCGAGAGCGACACGGACUCUGAUGAUUACACACCGCCGAAAGUGCACAGCCAGAAACCACUUCUGACCGUCAGCUUCACCUCUGGAGACAUCAGCCUGAUGAACAAUUAUGAUGACCUCUCACCCACCCUCAUCCGCACGGGGUUAAAAGAUGUUGUGGUCCAGUGGUGCUCUCAGGGGGACCUUCUGGCAGUGGCAGGGAUGGAGAGAACCCUCCUCUCUCCUGACAACCCCUGUCCUCCCCCCACCAGGAACGCCAUUGUCAAGUUCUUUAACGUUCAGGGAGAACACAUCUACACACUUGACACACCAGCACAGCGCCCCAUCACUACGCUCUGUUGGGGUCACCGGGACUCACGGCUGUUUCUAGCGUCGGGCCCGGUGCUCUACGUCGUACGAGUGGAGCACCGUAUUGGGGCGCUGCAGCUCCUCUGCCAGCAGGCGAUCGCCACAGCGGUGAAGGAGGAAAAAGAUGUUGCCAAGCUCACCAUGCCUUCCCGUUUGUGUUCAUACGUCACAGCUGCUUUUGUCCCCACCAUCAAGCCCCCGAUUCCAGACCCCAACAACAUGCGUGACUUUGUGAGCUACCCGACAGCUGGUAACGAGCGACUGCACUGCACCAUGAAGCGCACGGAGGACAACCCCGAAGUGGGAGGGCCGUGCUAUACUCUAUACCUGGAGUACCUAGGAGGUCUGGUGCCUAUCCUGAAGGGCCGACGAAUAAGUAAACUUCGCCCAGAGUUUGUCAUCAUGGAUCCCAAAACAGAUGGUAAAACAGAUGAGAUAUACGGCAACAGUCUGAUAUCGGCCAUGAUCGACAGCUGUAACUGCUCUGACUCCAGCGACAUAGAGCUGAGCGACGACUGGGUCGGCAAGAAGUCUCCAAAGAUAUCCAGGGGAAGCAAAUCUCCUAAACUCCCCAGAGACUUAGUUUGUCCCUUUACCAACAGGAUUAACAUUGACCCCAGAAAAUCACCCAAACUCUCCCGUGCUAACCAAGAGAUCUCUAGGUCACCGCGCUUACCCAUUCGGAAACCCUCAAUCGGGUCUCCCAGCCUUUCUCGAAGGGAAUUUCCUCUGGAUGACAUCAACCAGCAAAAUUACCUUGCUCAGGUCACGUCCAAUAUUUGGGGAACAAAAUUCAAGAUUGUGGGGCUGGCCACGUUUUUACCUGCUAAUCUCGGAGCAGUUAUCUAUAAGACGAGCCUCCUCCACUUGCAGCCCAGACAGAUGACCAUCUACCUGCCAGAGGUGCGCAAGAUCUCCAUGGACUACAUCAACCUGCCUGUUUUCAACCCCAAUGUUUUCAGUGAGGAUGAAGAUGACCUACCUGUCACGGGCCCUGCUGGAGGCACUGAUGACAACCCCCCCUGUACUGUAAACAUCCCUAUAGCCCCCAUCCACAGUCCUGCUCAAGCCAUGUCCCCUGCCCAAAGCAUAGGUCUGGUCCAAUCACUCUUAGCCAAUCAGAACGUCCAGCUGGACGUCCUAAGUAAUCCCACCGCAACCCCCGCUGGAGCAUCUGCCAGUGGCUCAGACCAGAGCCAGGAUACAAUCUUGACUGCUCAGUACACGGUACCCACCAGGUACUCCAGUCCCGGUCAGGUCAUCUUUGGAGGACUAGAAGUGGGGCGCCUAAUGGUUGGGCCUCCACCUUCUCAUCACCCAUUACAGCAACAACAAAGCCAACAGCAACAUCUGCAACAUCAUCAGCAAGUUCAGCAGCAGCAGCUCCAACAGCAGCAGCAGCUCCAACAACAGCAGCAGAUGCUCCAGCACCAACACUUACAGCAGCAACAGCAGCUCCAGCAGCAGCUCCAUCAGCACAUACUGAUGCAGCAACAGCAACAACAAAUUCAGCAAAUCCACCUGCAGCACCAGAUGCACCAUCAGCUCCAGGCUCAGCAUCACCACCAUCAGCUUCAGCAGCUUCAGAUCCAAAUCCCUGUCUCCUCUGUGUCAUCAGGCCAGCCUUCAGGUGCCUCUCUGCACCAGCUGCAGACAGGGGCCCUACAGAUCCAGAUCCCUCACACACCUGCUGACUUAGUCAAUGACAGAACAUUGGGAGGUGAACAGGAACACUUACUGAAAAUCAAAACCACUCGGUCAACUCCACAGCUCGCUGAUGGUGAUACAGUUGUGUUCAGUGCACCUUUAGAGCUCAGCAAGAUGACCCCACCACCCCCUUACCCUGGGACUGUGGCUGCAGCAGCUGCAGCCGCCUCACCUUCAGCGUCUUCUUCUGUUCCAGGAGGGGGAACAGGUGGAACUCCUCCCCCGGGUGAUCUUUGUCUGAAGAAGGGGGAUUUUACUCUUUAUUCUUCAGGUCAGCAGCAAGCGCAGUACCCCACGCCACUGGGCUAUGAGAGGAUAACAACCUUUGACAGCAGUGGGAAUGUGGAAGAAGUGUGUCGACCACGAACACGCCUCGUCUGCAAUCAGAAUGUCUACACACUCCAAGGACCUGGCAAUUCUGCCACUCUCAGGGUCACUUCCUCUUCAUCCUCUGCAGCCGACAAGAAAAUUCAGCUGCCCUACACCUCUGCUACUCUCAACAGACUCACUGCGCCUCGUUACUCCAUACCCAGCGGAGACCCUCCUCCGUACCCCGACCCAGCCAAUCAGAACAGUGCUGCUGGGAGGAACGCCAGUCAGAGGCUCGACAGCAGUCUGAUUCACGCAACACUCAGGAGGAACAGCCGAGAGGCCGCACUCAAAGUUUCCCAGAUGCUGGAACCACCUAGACCACUGCCUCCUAAGGCUAAAAAUAAUGCACUAGCAGCCUCCUUCCAGCAGAGGGUGCCAACAGCCUUAUACACCUGCAGCCAGUGCAGCAAUGGGUCCAACGUUGGAGGCACUGCACCAGGGAGUGCUAACGGAAUAGCGGGAGGAACAAUUAUCCGGCAGGAUUUCCCUCCAGGGAACGGAGCGCCACACAGCACAGUUAUUGUUCACUCCAACAGUGCUGCUCCUCUCGCCUCCCAGUCCUCCUACAGCCUCCUGAGCUCACUUGAAGGAUCUGGGAGUGCAGCCGGAGGAGGAGGCAACAGAGAUCGGGCUGAUUAUGUUAAUUCAGCAUUCACUGAGGAUGAAACAAUGAACCAGUCACUAAGGCACCUGGCACUGGGAGGAAAUGAGGCGUUAGGGCUGGUUGUCAAACGCCCCCCUCCCUACCAGUGGGAUCCAGCUGCCACAGAGGAGGUAUGGGUUCCUCAGGAAAGGACAGCAUCUUUGAGCUCCAAUGUCCCUCCGGCACCACACAAGCCACCCCCGCUUGUCCUUAGCCCAGCCCAGCACUUGGAUGUAACCAGAAUGCCUUUAGUUCUUUCUCCAAAGUCCCCCAGCAGCCCCAGUGUUGCAUCAUUCCAAGCUACCGCAGCAGCUACAGGCUACCAAAUCUCUCUCCAGUACCCUCCUGCAACUGCCUGUACUGGAGCACAGCUGCAGCCCAUGCCUGGGUCACCACGCCCCUUCAACUCCCCAAAAGAGGUGGUGGCACCCAUUCCCCUGCCACAGCAGGAAGCAACCCUUGUUUUAUCACCAGGCUAUGCUGCAAAUGUGGCUAACCUAGCCUGCUGUCCCCUCCCACCGUUGUAUCCAGGAGGAAGUUCUUGUGCUGGACAUCCCAUUCCUCCCAUUGCCCUUCACACACCGUGGGGUACUUAUAAUUCUUGUCCCCCUUUACCCAGUCCUGCCAUCCCACUACCCCCCAAAGCCUCCCACAUGGCAGCAGAGAAAAAUGUUCUCUCACCACCUCCUCCUCCCCCUCCACUGCCCCUUCCACCACCACCAGCGGAGCUGCAGAGCCAUGGUGCUUUACAGGAGGCCAUGGCAGAGGCAGGAGACGGUUUUCAAGAAGUGCUUUCUCUGACCGAGAGCCCUGCUCUGCAGCGGUCCGAGAAGUUCAGCAAGAAGAACCGCAAGCGAAUGGACGGUCGGGCUGAAGAGGCUAACGUGUCUCAGUUAGCUGACGGGAGCAAAUCUAAAAAGGACGGCAGAGCUCUGGGCGAUUUCAACUCCCUCAUCUCUAGCCCACGGCUCGGGGGAAGAGACAAGAAGAAGCUGAAGGGACAGAAAGAGCAGCAGAUGAAGGCGAAGAAGCUGAACAAGGCUACAGCCAGCAGCGAGUUCCAGGAUAGUUCAGAAAGUGAACCAGAGCUGUUUAUCAGUGGGGAUGAGCUCCUCAAUCAGUGCCAGAGCAGUAAGAAGGGCUGGAAGAGUAAAAGAAACAUGAGGGCUGCCAGCGAGCUGGAUGAGAUCAAGUGUCGAAAAGCCAAUGAGAAAGAAGACCGAGGACUGGGCAGCCAGGGGUUUGUUUAUGUCAUGGCCAACAAGCAGCCCCUGUGGAAUGAAGCCACGCAGGUCUAUCAGCUGGACUUUGGUGGGCGUGUCACGCAGGAGUCAGCCAAGAACUUCCAGAUUGAGCUGGAGGGCAGGCAGGUGAUGCAGUUUGGCAGGAUUGAUGGCAACGCCUACAUCCUGGACUUCCAGUACCCCUUCUCUGCUGUCCAGGCGUUUGCAGUGGCUUUGGCAAAUGUCACUCAGCGCCUCAAAUGAGAUGUCUCCUCCCAACUUAUCCUGAUCAUAUCUGGAAUUCAAAUGCAAUCUGCUAAACAGGGCCCAGCCGUACGGAUCUGAGAUGUUUAAACUCUCGAGGUGGAUUUUGGAGAAAAGACUCCGCCAUAAAGAGAGAAAUACAAUCACACUGCACUACACGAUGCUGCCACUAGAUACGGCGUAAUAAGCGUCAUUACCGUUGAAGAACCCCAUGAGAUCUGUUCCGUUUGGCAGUGAGCGGCACCCACCUCCCAGCAUGUAGGGCCGAAGCGCUGAGCUUGGGAAAUCAUCAUGCAAACAAAUGCUGCUUUUAGGUAGAAACUCGUAGGGACCGGAUGGGUUGAAGGAAAGCGGGCUUGUCGAGGUGCAGCUUUCCAUAAAAGCAGCAGUAAUACUUGAAAACCACACUCUGGAGGUUAAAAGUUUCUUUUUUUCCCAGAGCGCACAGGUACUUCUGGGCACUGAAAUCCAUUGCUGUACAAAACUUUAGUGAAACAGUUACCACUUUAAUAGACUGCUUUUCUUAUAUUUUUAUUAAACGACAAUACGUUAUUGAAUUUAGGAGGUUUUUUCUGUUUGCUUUCUGUCAUUCCUAUUUGUUUUUGUUGUAUUAUCUCAGUGUCUUGGUGGGAGUUUAACUGAUAUAUGCAUUAUUUAUAAACACUACUAAGAGGUGAGACUUUUCACUGUAAGACGUAGAAGUAGGUAUGGCUGAGGUCAGCUGCAGUCUUUACCAUAUCACACUUAAGAGGUUGACGCUACAUGGAGUAAUUUAUACGUUUUUUUUUUUUAAUUUAAAUAAGACUUUUUUAAAAAUCUUUACCAAUACCAACCCUCACACCCCCUAAUCGCCGUUUUCUUACCUGUUUUAUUUGGGAGACUGAAUUUGAAUAUUGCUGUGCACUUGGAGAAUUCAGGUGGGGGUGGUUUACAGAAUAGCUUUGGCCGACAGCCUGUUUACUUAGAUAUCUGAAUAUGGUGACAGAAGGGCGCCAAAGACGUCGCCAAGGCCUAGGCUGAACGAUUUAACCUCUGACAUGAAGUGAAAUGUCACCUGCAGUCACUUCUGUGAAGUGAGUAUGUAUUUGGGGAAGUCCUUGCUCUUUGAGACCACACUACACUUGUUCGCAUGGUACAGGAAAUAUUUUUGUAUAUUCCACCUAUGCCAUUUCAUACCCUUCUCAGAAGUCGUGUAAAUAAUCAGUUGUGUAAAAAUGUUGAGACUUGGGUGACAUGUUCUGUUUACGCCUGCCUCCACUGUGUUUCGGUUCAGGUGUGGAGUCGAGCUGUAAGACUGUUGAGGUCAGCAGUAGGAACCACAACAUAACUUAAGUUGAAGCCAUUGUCACUCCGUUUAUUAAGUCUCCACUGAAGGAUGAUGGUUGUGAAAUCAGUCUAAGCUGGAUUUAAUCUAAAAGGCUGGUUUAUUUUGAUGUUUUGGGCCGUGGUUUGUUACAAGAGUCGCUGCACAUUUCUGCAACUAGAAGAGAAAUAUAGAGGCUUAACAAAAACGGGUGGGUUCACCUUUGAAAGUAAAAACUGUGCCAAAAAUAUGUGUUUGCUAAACUUAAAAGUGAAAUCAAAAGGGCCUAAAUGGAUGGCAGAUGUGAUGUAGAACAUCUGGUUUUAGAGCGAUCUUUCUCAAGAUGCAUGUUUGUUGGUAGUGGUUGUAGGGACCGGGAAUGAAAAAUAGUUUUACUCUUUAAAAAAACAAAAAAAAUACAAAGAAAGGAACAUACGCAUGUCAUGAAGACGAUACCCAUUUGUGUUAGUUGUGCAAUAUUUUGUAGGAUUAAAAAAAAGGUGCAGUUUCAUUUGACCACAUUUUGAUGCUGUUUAUUUAGUUCAGGAUCUGAGAUGCUGGUCUGUGCAUUUUUAUUUAUGAGAUUAUUUCCUAAUGGAGAAAAAUAUCUAUACAUACUGUAUAUUAUGGCGUUUCCUUUACAUUUCUUUGUGUUGAGGAGUUUGUGACGAGCAUAGCCUGAGGUGUAAGUUGGUAAAGUGAGAGUGUGCCGGGAGGAGAGAAGAACAGGCAACUUUAUGGGGGGAAUGUGACGUUUGCUUUGAAAAGAUGUGAAUGAGUAAGUGCCCAGUUAAUGUAGGUAGAUCAGUUUUAUAGAGCGUACAUGUCUAGUCGAGGUGUGUGUAUUCAGAUGUGCAGUCUACAAACCCCAUCAGUGUUUUUUCUCAGAUGUGUUUGACCUUUGUUUCCACACAUACACACACACACACACGCCAUUCACAUCAGUUUGUGUUCAGCAUCACCUAAGCAGUUAAGAUUUCACUUUAAACUGAUGACAUGUAGACAUUGUAGGAUUUGGCUUUUCUUUAGAAAAGAUCUGUGCUUGUAUUUGUUGGUGAACACCUAAAGGAUAAAAAAAAAUCUGGAAAAAAAAUGAAUCUGACCUGGUGAGUGAAUGUUUAUAGUGGAUGGGUAGUAAGGCAUGCCAUGUAAAUUAUUUUAUAACUGUAUAUGUCACACAUCUUUUUAAUAAAAUGUCAUUGUUUGUGAAGGAA